GAUGUGAGUCUAAUGAGCUGCCAGCUGAGCAGGGCGGAGAACAGAGCCGGAGUGUUUACUCACUGAACAAACUGUCAGAUGAACCCUGUAUUUGCUGAAAUAUGUCGCACAACAGAAGACCAGCGCUUUGAAUGCGACAGGCAGUUGGUAGCAGAUAGAGGAGCAGCCAGCCCCAUGUCCACGAUUUGGGUGUGAACAACUUGGGACACAAUGUCUCUCUUGCUGAUAACUUGUCUUCUGCUUCUUCUGCUUGGGAUUUUGCUAUGUGUCAUAUUCAGGUGGCUCAUAUGCACCCUGGCUGUGCGAUUCUUCCAAAAUGCAUUCAAUGCAGAUUUGAAGAUUAGAUCUGUAGGGCUGUUUUCUGUCCAUGGAGUCAGCAUUCAGUUUCACCCCCAGCACACGUUGGAAAUUGACAGAAUAUGGAUUUCAAGUAAACUCCUCAACCAGGAUUUACCGAGAUAUUUGGCAUUAUGUGUAGGAGAAACCCGAGUUAGAUUUGACUUGCAAGCACCACUCAGUCCUUUGCUGAGGAAGAGCCAUGGGAAAAAGUCAGGAAAAACUACAAUCAGCCCCGCAAUGUUACGCUUUCUGUCACAACUGCUGUCAUUCCACAUCACCUCAGUCAAUGUAAUGGUACUGAACUUAGCUCUGACAGAGUCCCUUUGGCACAUGACUGUCACAGGCAUCACCUUGUUACUUGACCAUCAAAGUAAAAGGUUGGCCUGGGAUUUCUCAGUUGGGCAGCUAAGCAGUAAAGUGCUUAAAAGUAGUCAGUUGGAUAUAUGUUUGGCUGAAGUAGCCCUGAGCCUUUUGUUGUCAGGAGAUGUGAGUUUACCAGAGCUGAAGCCAGGUUGUUUGUCUCUGUGUGUGAGGACACUUAUAGCAGAGCUUCACGAAGGCCUGUUCCUCAGUCAACUCCUCCUGCCCCCAUCUCCCACAAAAACCAUCACUGAUACACCUGUUUGUGAGGACAGUGAGUUCAUCCAAACUGAGGCUGUGGAACAGUUUCAUCAGCUCAUUCCUCAGAAGGUCAAUGUGGAAUUUGAUAAUACAAAUGUAACCCUGUCCAUGCACAGCCAGAAAAGGCACCUGAACUGGACUCUAAAGUCUUUAAAGGUCUGCUAUGGACGUGACAAAGACCAGCUUCCCCUUAAAAGCUUUACUCCUGAGCUGAGCUUUCCCCAGAGCAACCUGGAGCUCCUGCUUGAAGAUGGACUUCUCCUCUCCCAAAGUAGGCAAAGAAUCCUUUGUGUGAACACCCUGAAGACUGCUCUACAGGUUACAUCAGUUGACAUCUCAGGGUCAUUUACAGUCAACACUUGCAUCAUUCACUACCGUCACCAGGAGUUCUCCCAUUGGUUAAAUCUAUUUCCAUGGGAACAGCUAAGCCACAGGAAAAUGGCACAUAGAAAAAGUCCAUUAGAUUAUUUGCCCAACCUCCUUUUCCUUAGGCGCCUCCCUCACCUCGAUGCCCCUGUGAUGAUCACCUCGUGUGUGUCCAAUGUCAAUGUCUCAGUUCAGCUGGGAGACACUACACCUUUUGCUCUUGGCUUCCUCUCAGCAAAUGCUGAACUGCAGCAUCUGCUUGACAUUAAAGUUGACAAAGAGUCCCAGAAUGUGAACCAACGGGCUUCACUGUCCCUUGACAACUUUUGGUGGAGAGUGGGUCAGGGUUCCCAUAUCCAGCAAGCACCCCACCCACCUGGUAAACAUGUGUGGGGAGAAGCCCUAAUUCUAGACUCUCUCAAUCUUCAGGGGAGUUUCACCCGACCUCACAUGGAGGGUAAUUGUCAGCCUCCAAGUUUGAGUGUGGAGUCCAAUCUGAAAGGGUUUCAAGUGGAGCUUUCAGAGACUUGUGCACUGUGUCUGUCUCGCCUGCUGUCCCUGAUCUGUGUUCCUCAUGACAAGGAGCAACAGCUGUCAGAUGUGGCCACUGUGUCUCCCCCUAGUGACGACACGACUGAACUCAUUCCUUCCUCACAACUACAACUGCUUUUUAAACUGGACUGUCAUCUGGAGGAUGUCAAUAUGUUCACGCUCUCCAAUGUGGCGGGGGCUGUCUCAAUGCGGAUGGAUACUGUUGGUGUCACAAGCUCUGCAGAGAGCUCCAGGGUGACUCUGCAGGGUGUUAGCCUGUCUGUGGUCAAGACAGUUGCAGAGAACAUGGAAGUGUGUUGUCCUGCCUCACAGACCCCCAACCCUGUGCUAAAACUCACCACAAUUGCCUUCUCUUAUCACAUCACCACCUACACCUUACAGGUUCAGUGUGAAGAGGAGCUUGCUGUCGAUUGGACACCUUCAGAUCACAUGGUCAUGUAUCAACACAUGACUGAGGCUCAGGCUUGUUGGCGUAUGCUUAGUGGAGAGCAGGGAGGUGACACUCCAGUCAAACCUAUUGACAAAGGAACAGUUUCAGCCCAGACUAGGGGCCUUUUUGUGCAUGUAGACCUGCGAUCCACUCGUUUAACAGCACAUGUGAGUGAGCAGAACUACAUUCGGCUGUACACAGAAGCUCUCUCAGUCUCCAAGAAUGCUGGUUCCAUGCAGAUACGCUCACCUUCUCUGAUCUUUAACUUUGAUGGCAACAAUAUUGUAUCUUUCAAAAACCUGGAUGUCCAGACAUAUGCGGAACUGACAGAAAUGCAGCUGCAUAGAGACACCUUCUCCUUCCUCACCACUCCUCACAAUCGUGUCUGGGUCCUCACCUGCCCUUCCAUGGCUGUUGAAUUCCCUUACCAGUACAACUUCUCAAACACCUUUGACAUGGCCAUUAGCGUGCAGAAAUGGUUAAAGACUCUGCAUCGAUCACAAAACCAGACCACAAGUAUCCAAUGUCUGCCUCCUGACCUUGUGUUUAAAAUCAGCCAGUUUUCCUUCGUCUUCCUGGAUGAUGUCUUUGAAAUCAAGCUGAGGGAUAACUAUGAGUUGAUGAAGGAUGAGAGCAAGGAAAGUGCCAAGCGUCUACAGCUCCUAGAUAAGAAAGUUGCAGAUCUGCGCAAACAGCAUGGGGAGCUUCUGCCUGCCAGGAAAAUAGAGGAGCUGUAUAGUUCUCUGGAGAAAAAGCACAUUGAGAUUUACAUCCAGCGGUCACGCCGUCUCUACGCCAACACACCCAUGAGGAAGUCAUUGCUGACCUGGACUGUGUCAGACUUGGAGCUUGUAAUUUUGGCUGACCAAUCUCUUCAUGGGCCUGAGAGAGUCAGAGAGCAGCUGAGGGACAUUGACUGGAUUAGUCCUUUUCCAAGAGAUGGACUCCCUCUGGUGGUGCAGUGGUGUCGAGCAGUAAAAUUUAAGCUUGCUGCCUUUUUGGUGAGAAUCCGGGACUACCCUCGCUACCUGUUUGAGAUCCGGGACUGGGAACUUUCAGGUCGUCUGAUUGGAACAGAGCAGGAUGGACAGGCACGAGCCCAUCGCAGAGAGAUUGUCCCACUUGGCCUGCCCUUUGGAGACGUGACGGUCCCCAGGAAUAUGCCACCACUUAAAUUCUACUAUGACUUUAAAUCCAACAUCUCUCUGUACACAAUUGUAUGGGGGCCGUGUUGGGACCCUGCCUGGACGUUGAUUGGCCAGUCAGUCGACUUGUUGACCAAACCCACAGUAGAUCCCUCUCCUCUCUUGGCCUGGUGGGACAAAAGUCGUCUCCUUCUUCACGGGCACUGGGUAAUGGACAUUGACCAAGCAAAUCUUCAUCAGCUGGCUACAGAGGACCCUUACAACACCACAGAAAACCUCCACUGGGAAUGGAAUAAGCUCAACUUUGACUGGAACCCUGGGCAGUUUGUUUUUAAAGGGGACUUAGAUGUAAAUGUCAGGACAGCAUCAAAGUAUGAUGAUAUCUGUUUUCUGCACUUGCCCAACCUGUGUAUGACACUUGACCUCCAGUGGCUUUGCCAUGGUAACCCUCAUGACCACCAUGCUGUAAUGCUCUGCAGCGCCGAGAAUGUUGCAGAAGUGACCUCAGGACAACCUCAUGACUCCUAUAGAGCUUUUCGCUCUGAAAAUCUCAACCUCUCCAUUACUAUGGACCUUAACCAGAACUGUGGCUCUGAACCUUCCCAGCCCAGAAUCUUGUUGUACAGCAGCACUUUGCGGUGGAUGCAGAACUUUUGGGCCACCUGGACUAGUGUAUCCCGACCAAUCUGCAGAGGCAAGCUCUUCCACAGCCUCAGGCCAGUCCGCAAGAAGCUGGGUCAGCACUACAAACAGAUGUCCUACACAGCUGCCUUCCCACAACUACAAGUGCAUUACUGGGCCUCCUUUGCUCAGCAGAGAGGGAUCCAAGUUGAGUGCAACAAAGGCCAUGUCUUCACUCGAGGGGCACAGAGACUUAUUCCACAAGCUGGCACUGUGAUGAGGAGGCUGAUAUCUGAAUGGAAUGUAACUCAGAUGGUUAGUGAGUUAUCUCAGGUGACCGUUCACCUGAUGGCCUCCACCUGGGAUGAGACCGCUGACCACCAAAUCAACACUCAGGUGAAGAAGACCCACCUGCUCAGUCUCUCCUCUCUCAGCUACCAGCGACAGAGCAACCGCAUGGAAGAGGAGGUAAACCCAAAGGAAGAGAAUGCCUCUUACACUCACAAACUGCGCCUAGUGGACCUGCGAGCCUCUUGGACCACCACCAACAGGAACAUCGCCUUUGGGCUGUAUGAUGGUUAUAAAAAGGCAUCAGUAUUGAAGAGGAACCUCUCUACUGAAGCUUUAAAGGGUCUGAGGAUUGACACACAACUGCAGACAAAAAAGCUCAAACGCUCUCCUUCCAACUAUUCUCCUACUACAGCUCCAACCACACCUGUUACCAGCUAUACCCUCAGUCGAACAGAGAAAGCUCAAAAUGAAGGAACAUCAAUGCUUCAGAAACUGAUUGAAGAAACUGAUAAGUUUGUGGUAUUCUCAGAAGAGGACUCUGGAGUAAGCGACCAGCUGUGUGGUAUUGCAGCUUGUCAGACUGAUGAUGUCUAUAACCGCAACUGGUUUAUUGAGUUAGUUAACUGUCAGAUGAUGUUGCGUGGGACAGAGACAGCAGGCUGUGUCCUUGUGUCUGCAGCCAAGGCUGAGCUGCUCCAAUGUGAGCACCACCCGUCCUGGUACAAUGACACCCUGAAGCAGAAGACAACCUGGACGUGUCUGCUGGAUGGCAUGCAGUACUUUGCCACUAUGGAGCCCAAUCCAUCUGAAGAUGAGGACAGGCAGUUGUGGCUGGAGGUGAAAAACAUAGAAGAGCACAGGCAGAGGAACCUAGACUCAGUGCUGGAGCUGAUGGAGAGUGGUCAGGCAGUGGGUGGAAUGGUUAGCACCACUACAGACUGGAACCAACCAGCACAGGUGAACGAGACACAGCAGGUCCAGCGAAUCAUCUCACGCUGUAGCUGUCGGAUGCACUACAUCAGUUACAGUCAUGACAUAAACCCGGAGCUGGCUACACAGAUUAAACCACCAGAGCUGAGGAAUACCCAUGAGAAAGAAGACCUGUUGAAAAAACAGGCUGGGGCUGUGGACACCUUUACCCUGAUUCAUCAUGACCUGGAGAUAUCCACUAACCCUGUUCAGUACGCUAUGAUCCUGGAUAUCGUCAACAACCUGUUGCUACACGUGGAGCCCAGACGCAAGGAGCACAGUGAGAAAAAGCAGCGUGUGCGUUUCCAGCUGGAAAUUUCCAGUAAUCCUGAGGAGCAGCGUAGUAGCAUCUUGCAUCUCCAGGAGGCUGUCAGACAGCACCUCAACCAGAUUAGACGCCUUGAGAAGCAGAUUUAUUCCAAUAUCAGAGCACAACCAGAAGAACUCAGCUGCGAUGACCUGAUAGAGAUAAACACAAGACUGCAGAACCAGCUGAACCAGGAGAAAAAUGACAUGCAGAUGAAGAGUGAAGAGCUCAAUAUUCUCAUCAGGUGUUUUAAGGACUUCCAACUGCAACGGGCAAACAAGCUGGAGCUGCGGAAGCCUCCAGAAGAUGUGAGUGUGGUUAGACGAACAGAGAUCUACUUUGCUCAGGCUCGCUGGUGUCUGACUGAAGAGGACGGUCAGCUUGGCAUCGCUGAACUGGAGCUGCAAAGAUUUAUGUACAGCAAGUUGAACAAGUCUGAUGACACAGCAGAGCAUCUGUUAGAGUUGGGCUGGUUCACAAUGAACAACCUGCUGCCCAAUGCUGCAUACAAGCGAGUGAGGGUCGUACUCCGUCCUCAAAGUAACUGCCAGUCAGGACGACAGUUUGCCUUGCGCAUCUUUAGUAAAGUGCGCCCCCCUGUGGGAGGAAUCUCUGUGAAAGAACACUUUGAGGUGAAUGUGGUGCCGCUCACCAUCCAGCUCAUGUAUCAGUUCUUCAAAAGGAUGAUGGGAUUUUUCUUCCCAGGAAGAAAUGUUGAGGAGGAGGAGGUUACUGAUGAGGAAGACAAGUUCAGAUUGGUUACUACUGGUAUCCCUGUCAAGCCUCGGCAGUCAUCAGAGGACACCAUGGGUGCAAUGGGCCCCAGCAAAGGUGUUGCCCAGGGCCUGAACCGUACUUCAGGGGUUAGACGGUCAUUCAGAAAACCACCAGAGCAUCCGGUUGAUGACAUUGAUAAAAUGAAGGAAAGAGCUGCAAUGAACAACUCUUUCAUCUACAUCAAGAUUCCCCAAGUGCCCCUCUGUGUCAGCUAUAAGGGAGAAAAGAGCAGCGUGGACUGGAAAGACCUAAACCUGGUGCUGCCAUGUUUGGAGUAUCACAACAAUACUUGGACAUGGCUCGACUUCGCCAUGGCGGUGAAAAGAGACAGUCGGAAAGCGCUGGUCGCACAGAUGAUAAAGGAGAAGCUGCGUCUGAAACCUGCCUCGGGCUCAGACCUGCGGGGGAAAGUGUCUGAAUCGAAGUCAGACAACAACCUCCAGCAGCAGGAGGAAGACGAGAAGGCGCGGCUUCUCAUCGGCCUGAGCACCGCGGACAAAAGCUCCAGCAAAAAGAGCAUCUUCAGUCGACGCAAGUGAACUCACCGACACCAAGGCAGAGUGUGAGUGGAUGAUCUACAGCGGCAGCUGCCACACUCCAUCAGACUGUUAGGAGUCAGUCUGGACCGAAUCAGAACAAAAAAGGGAGGAACGUUUGAGCAUUUCAGAUAAUUUCAGUGGUGACUUGAAUAUAGACCACAGUAUGAUCCUGCUGAACAAAAGGUAUUCUGGACUUUUUGCCUUUUUAGAAGUUACUUGACUGAAAUAUGCCCUAAAAACCAGUUAUUGCACCAAACUUCAUUUAUGCCAGAAUAUUCAGGGUGCCAUUUUGACCAAACAUAUAUUACCGUGUUAAUUUGUGUGCCAUUCAAUUUUCACUUUGCGUAUCAUACACAAAAUAAAGACCACUUUUGUUGCAUUGAAUGUAGCGAGGAAGAUUUAUGUAGCUAGCAGUUCACUGUUACGAUUUCCUCUGCUUCUGUAAAUGCAAGAUGGAGCACCUUUUCCUGCUGGAUCAGGAACAGUUUGUUGAACAUUGAAAUCACUAGAAUAAAUAUUACUCAAAUGAAAGCUCCUUCAACACUGUCAGCUGUACAAAAAUAGACUUUAAAUGCCAUAAUUAUAUCACAUUGUUUAUCACUUAAAACACAAGAGAGUACAUAUGGCUGAAUGAUUGUUGGUUUGACAGGAAGGCCAAAAAGUCCCACAAAUGACCACAAAUGAUGCUAUUUUUAAUAUUUUACUUGUCAGCAUAUUGACUGUCUGCUUCCCUCGGCUAACUGUUUUAUUGUACCUCACCCCAGUGCAAUAUAUCAAGAACAGUGUAUUGUAUAACGUGGCACUUGGUUGACGGUAUUGUGGCAAAAAAAAUAUGUUGCAGCUUACUGCUGAGUGUAUGUUUUGUAAUUUUAACACUGAAGCACUUUUUAUGCAAAGUAUUUUGAUAUUUUUGUAACCACGGUUGUUUCUGUUUGAUUACUUUUCUAACUGUGCUGCUAAGCCUGUUAUUUCCCUCACAUUUCCUUAAAAAGAGGAAGAACAAAUGCCUGGUGUUUCAAUAAUGAUCCCUGAUUUCACUGUUUUUGACAAAGCAGGUUAAUUGUCACCUCUGUCAUCUCUGUGGCUUAUUGUUUAUCUGUUAAUAAAAGAUUUAUCUCGGACUG